AUGUUGGACAACUCAAAGGUCUCCAUCGAGCUGGGUGUCGUCAGGCUCGGGACCGUCGCCGAACCCCAGAAACCACGUACGUCAUCGAGGGAUGAGAACCGUCUUAGCUCUCCCAAUCCUGACGAGGAACGCAACAAUCGCACCAGAAAUGCACUUAGCAAUACUUCUUCUCAGAACGUCCCAGGCACGUCCACAGACUGGGCUGAACCUGAUGGUGUUGACAGGAGACGCAGUUUGGCGACGUUAUCUGAGACCUCGAGGACUUCCAAUGCCAACACUGAGGUUUCUCAGAGCUCUCGCAGCAGGUUUAUAGUGGAUGAUGAACCGAGCGAAUCCCGUCGGACGUCCGGCCGCGGCGCGUGCUCCUGUUUCCGUGCGGUGAACAUGGCGUUUCUGCGCUGUCUGGAGGAGACGCCGCUGCUGGUGUCUGGAGUAGUGCUGGCCAUCCUCUUCUGCGUGACCAUCAUCAUCAUCAUCCCCUCCACCGGCCGGAGCCUCAGCGUUCACGUGGCGGCGUUUGCAGUGGUGUGUGUGGUGGUGUGUGUUUGCGUGUCGCUGUUGCUGUGUUUGCCGUGUUUGCCGGUGGUUCGGCGGGGAGAAACGCCUCUGGCGCUCUUCAUCUGGUCCAUGCUCUUCAUCAUCGCCUUCGUCUUCAUCUUCACCGUAGGCGUCGUCACGGCCUGGGAGCAGGUCGCGUUCUUCCUCUUCCUGUCGCUGUCCGUUUAUACGGUUCUUCCUCUCCCGCUCUCAUGGGCUCUGAGCUUCGGCAUCGGAACCAGUCUGGUGGCGAACGCUGUGCUAUUCGUGUGUGUUAACGGCGUGGGUGUGUUUCACCUGUGGCACACUGAACACGCUCACAGAAAGUCCAGCAAGAAGCGGGAGGACUUCAGCAGGAACCGCGCCACACAGGCCAAGCAGAAGCGUGACCAGGAGCAUCUGCUGCUGUCGGUGCUGCCGCGAUACAUCGCCAUGGAGCUGAAGACGGAAAUCGUUAAGCGUCUGUCGGCUAAAUGCAGCGCCGAAGAGAACCGACCCAACUUCCACAGUCUCUACAUACGACAGCACAGAGACAUUAGUAUCCUGUACGCUGAUAUCGUGGGCUUCACGCACCUCUCCAGCACCUGCACACCUGAGGAGCUCGUGGCCGUCCUCAACAAACUCUUCGGCCGCUUCGACGACAUCGCUAAGAAGAACGGCUGUCUGCGUAUUAAAAUCCUGGGUGACUGUUAUUACUGCGUGUCGGGUCUCCCUGACCCCAUCUCUCAUCACGCUCGCAACUGCGUUCAGAUGGGUCUGGACAUGUGCACGGCCAUAAAUAAGCUGAGGGAGGCGACGGACGUGAACAUUAACAUGCGUGUGGGUGUUCACACGGGGAACGUUCUGUGUGGCGUGAUCGGCCUUCAGAAGUGGCAGUAUGACGUCUGGUCAGAUGACGUGACUCUAGCCAAUCACAUGGAGUCUGGAGGAGUGGCUGGGAGGGUCCACAUCACGGAGGAGACGUUCGCUCACCUGGACGGGAAAUACCAGGUGGAGGACGGAAACGGCGGGAGCCGCGAUUCUACGCUGAAGGGAAGGAGAACGUUCCUGGUCAUCGAUCCUAAUAAAGAAAACUACGAUAUAACACCUCAGACUAAUGAGCUGAAGGUGGACAACAUACUGGCGAAUCAUCAGAAGCUCCGCGCAUCGGUUCGGAUGUCGCAGUACCUGCAGUCCUGGAAAACCGUCAAACCGUUUUCUGGACUCAACCAACCAGAGGCUUCGCUCGCAGCCCCGCCCACUGCUGACAGCAGCGCCAGCCAAUCACAGCCAGCCACGCAGGAGCUCCCAGAGAUCAACACUCCAAGACCUUCACAAGUUCUGGAAAACGGACUGAUGGACUCAUUAGACUCUCUGGACAAUGAAGGGAGACGAGCGAAGCUGAACAGUGUGACAUUAUUUUUUAACAAUUUUCAGCUGGAGAAGCAGUAUUCGUUAAGUGAAGUCCAGGGGCUUCAUCGCUCUGUCAUAUGUUUGGCCUUCAUCUUCAUCUCUGUGUUUGUGGUUCAGAUGCUGACCUCGCAAAAAAACUUUGCGCUGGCGGUGUCGUACGGUGCCACCUUCCCUGUCCAAAUACUGAUUGUGCUUGUGGUCUUCACUAAAUUCCUGAAGCGCUGGCACUCUAAGUUCCCCCGCAGCAUCCGCUGGGUCUCGAUGCUGUUUGACGGUGUGGCCACUAGGGCGGCGCUGCGCUUGCUGCUGGCGUUUCUCUGUCUGCUCAUCAUGCUGCUCAUGGCAGUGCUGAACAUAGUUUUUAUCCCAGGUGAUAACUGUUUAAGUGUUUCCCACAAUGCAACAGUACUGAACACUCUCAAUCUCUACACUGUCCCGUAUUAUCUGUACUGCUGUCUGCUGGCGAUGUUGGGCGUGAUUGUGUUUGUGCGUGUAAGCGUGUCUGUUAAAGUCUUCCUCCUGACCCUCGCUGUGGUGGUUUAUCUCGCGCUUUUCCUGCACGUUUACGCGCCGCGCUCCGACUGCUACAUCAAACAGCUCUACAGCGACAACAGCACGCCAGGAGUUCUUAAGGAGCCCAAGAUCAUGUCCGGCAUUUGGCUGGUCAUUUUUUACUUGAUUUCCCUUAUUCUCGUGCGACAGGACGAGUUGGGCUCUCGGACGGAGUUCCUGCUGGAGAAGUGCUUUAAUAAAGAGACGGAGGAAAUGGAGACGACCAAGAACGUCAACAGACUGCUGCUGCAGAACCUUCUGCCGGAGCACGUCACAGACUUCUUCAUCGGCAAAGACAUCCAGAACCAGGUCAAACACUUUGACUCCGCUGCGCCACCUAGAGGCAUAUUCACAUCCUUCAUUAACGUCUCUGAAUGGACGGAUGUUAACCCUAUAGCACUACUUACUGAUGUGUGUGUGUGUGUGUGUGUCGUGCCGCAUUUCUUCAAGGAGUUUUACAACGAGAGCAGCGUCAACAACGACGGCCUGGAGUGCCUUCGCUUCCUCAACGAGAUCAUUUCAGACUUUGACGAGCUCCUAAACAAGCCCAAGUUCAGCGCCGUGGAAAAGAUCAAGACCAUCGGCAGCACCUACAUGGCAGCGGCUGGACUGACCAAAGCUGCCAAAGCAGAGGAGAGACGGACCUGCGACAUGUCCUACAGUCACGUCCGCUGCAUGCUGGACUUCGCCAUCGCUCUGAUGGGGCGACUGGAGAACAUCAACAUGCACUCCUUCAACAGCUUCCAACUGAGGAUCGGGAUAAAUCACGGUCCUGUGAUCGCAGGCGUCAUCGGCGCUCAUAAACCUCAGUAUGACAUCUGGGGAAACACGGUUAAUGUGGCCAGCCGGAUGGACAGCACCGGAGUCCUGGAUAAAAUACAGGUGACAGAGGAGACGGCGCAGGUGGCUCAAAUGCUGGACUACAGCGUAACUCUGAGAGGAGUGAUCCACGUGAAGGGCAAAGGACAGCUGAGCACGUACUUCAUCAACACCGAGCAUCCAGUGCAGUGACCACAGAACGCUUUUAACACCCAUCUGACACAGACUGAGACUGUGAUGAGUGUUUCACUAAGGUCCUCUGCGGACACUCACCAAACAUCCUCUGUCUGCUACGAAUGCCACGAAAGAACUGAACUAGUUAGCAUUUAGAUUUAACCAAUUCUAGUACUUUUUAAAAAUGAUUUCUUCAAGAAGUUUCUUCUUUGUGAAGUUAAUCUGUUGUUUUAAACAAUGCAAAGUUGCCAACUUUUCUAAAUUUCCAAAG